GUGUGGGGGUGCCUGACGAGCGGUUGAUGCCUGGGCUAUCAGGCCUCAACUUAAGCGGCUCCGGGGUCCGACGCCGAGAGAGGCUGGUGUUAGAGACAGUUCGACGUCCGGAACCCUCGAGACGAGGUGUUGACCGACGAGAAGGAGUGGCAUUGUCUGAAGCGCUUCUCUGACCAGAAACUGAUGAUGAAAUCGGGUUGGAAUUCGUAGUCGGAAUUGGAAUUGGUGUUGAAGGCUCACGUCCUCGUAGGGCUGCCGCUAAGCCCGCACCCGCUGCAGCGGCGGCGACUGCCGUGCCAGCUGGAGUUAGAGCCCCAUAUUGUUUCUUCUUUUCUGGCUCCGGUGUUGGUCCAGGUACUGCAGGCUCUCGCAACACCGGUGUGCCUCGCGGAGAUCGACGAAGUCUUCGCUCGCUCGGUGGAUCGGGAGUUUGCAAGACCGCGCGGUCUGCAACUGGCUGUAUCUGACUUUCCCUUUCAGCCCAGUCUUCGGUAUGCACUCCACUGUCGCGUGAAGCCUCUUGACUAGCAGGUUUGCUUCGCCUUAGAGUUGCUACCUCCCCUCCAAAUCCGCUGUCACGAUGUGCCUCUUCACUCAAGCGUCUACUUCGUCUCUGGAAGCUCAAUGCUUCACCAACAGGAGCGCUGUCGCGUUUGGCUUUUGGUGUUGAGAAUGCAUCCUUGGCUGGCUCAACUUCGGCCUCGGGAACCUCUGGGACUGGCUCCAAGAGUCUGCUUGGUGAUCGUCGUAGAUCACUAAUGUCCGAUUCCGAUCCCACCUGUGGUGUAAAUGUCUUGCUGUCCUCUCGUAACAGACCGCUUUUAGGCUCCUCAACGUCAGAUCCACGACGAAGAAGAGGCUGGGGGGAGCUUCUCAACAGCUCCAACUCUCCUUUGCCAAGCACCGGACUUUCCAUCGUGUCUGACGUUUCUGCAUAUAACUGCCGCGAAGUUGAUUUGCGCUCUUUCUUCGGGUUUGUUGAAGAACCUUCAGAUGUGCCACGAACUUCCGAUGUUCCCCCGUAGCUCUCCGAGCGCCUACUCUUUCCUGGCGCAUCGAACAACAUCUCAUGAACAGACGAUGUGGCAUUGUUUGUCUUUCUUGAAGCUUUUGGUUUUCUCUCUGCCAGUUCGCUUUUGUCUUUAGCAUCUGUAACAGUGUCACGAUGCCUUUCCUUGUGGUCAGCACUACCACUAGCGAAGUUUCUUUCUGGUUUCUUCCUCCUCGCAUCCUGGACUUCUCGGUGCGUCGGGGUUUCUCCCUGUGUCCUUUUGUCAAUAUCUUUCGCAGUUAAUUUGGUGUCAUUUGAGCCUUUUGUUGCUGCUUCCACAUCAUUUUGCGGUUCCUUGUUCCUUUCUUCCACUGUCUCAUCCCUGCUUUUGGGUUUCUUUUCUUCUUGUCUUGCGCCUUUACUCUUGUCGCCUUCUGUCCAGUCCCCGAACAUGGCAGAGCUGAACGUUGCGGCAGUGGCUGCAAUCAUUCCAGCAAAUGUCGAUGUACUGGGCUUGCUGGAUUUAUGCAGGUCUGGUUCAUCUUUCGAAACGUCCGAGGUGGCGACUGUAGCCUCUGGAGGCUGACCCGUAGGUUCUUUUACGGCUUGUGGGCUCGCAUCAGGAGAUCCUUUCGGAAAUAUGGAAGUCGACUCGGAUUCUCUUAGGGUCCUCUUUCCCUCUUUUGCAUCGAAGUUUUGUUGUGGUGAUGAUCUGUCAGUCUCUUUCAGCUGUGUUGCCUCAUUUGCAAGUGAAAACUGAGCAUCUCGAUCAAUGGCAGAUGCAUGUUCCGAUGAGACUGAUGGUCCAGAGGAUCUCGCUUCCAAGCCUAACUUCCGGGCUUUCUUCAUUUGUUUCUUCGACAACUUGUCAAUAGAUUUGAUGUCACGCAGCUCUGUCGCUGUCGCAGUCAAACUUGAUGGCCCAUUGGAGUGACUGCUUCUCUCUUCAGAGGUCAUGUCUCUAGAGCGUACAUCUCCACUCGAUUUUAUCUCCUCCGACCAAGCCGUAAUGGAAUGACUCGUGGAAGCUGGCGUCAUCUCCGUAUCCUCGUCCACUGUAUCAUGUACAAGUGUAGUUGCGGGGAUAUGUCGCAGGGUGGGAGUUGCCACAGGGGAUUCUGGGGCUAUGUGACCAUCUUUUGUCGGAGCGGGAGCGAUAUCACUUGUUCCAGGACCUGAUGCAACUUGAACGGCUGUAUCUGGCUGACUUUCGAUUACCAAUUCGGGCUGAAAAGGCUUGGCAUGGAUUAGGUCACCGUCCUGUGGCGGCUUGUCUGUUUCUUCUUUAUUCCCAGGUUCCGUCUUGACCAGUAUUGGCUGUAAAUCAUCUAACACUUCCGUUGUCGCAAGCUCUUUGGAAACUGGGGCAUUCGGUUCUGAGAGAAGGUAGUUAUUGACAGGAUCGCCAGAAACAACUUGAUUAGAUAGCAUUCCUUGAUUCCUUUCUCUUGCUGCUUCGAUAGAUCCAUGAUCCGUUUGCUUCUGCUUCUUUUUCUUUUGGGCCAACUUUACGAGCGGAUCUUCUGCGGCAGCAGGUGAAGGUUCAGUGAGCUGUCUUGGCGAGGGCCCAACAGAUGCAUUUGCCUCAACCUGCGCCAGCGACGGCCCGCCUUUGCUAAAAGCAGAUGAUUCGCCUGUCGAUGUUGGGGGACUUUGUGCAGUUUUGACAGUGGAGUUUCCAGUACCAAAAUCUUGAAGGAGGACAUCCGCUUCUUCCUUCUCGGCGACAGUUAAAUCAACAACAGGGUUGUCCCUGUACUUGUUUUCAAGGUGUUGCUUUCCUUCUGUGGCCUGAUGCGGUGCCUGAUCGGUCCCCGGGACCUCGGGCACAAGUGAGAGGUUUGGCAUAACUUCCUGGGCCCUAUCAAGUUUUGAAUCAUCCAGAGUCGACUUGCUGUCAGAAGCUCGGGGGAACUCGGUGCGCGUCCGGCUUGCUAGCUCUGGGGAAGCUUUCUCUUCUGUGGUUAACGUCUCAGAAGCGUAGCCCGUCUUUAUGUUCUUGUCAUUCUGGAAAUGCGGUGUGGUUGAGUCUUCCAUCUGAGCAGCUUCCUCAACUUGGUUUGAUGGUACAUUUGAUUCGUCAGGCACAGCGGGGUGACAGUUACUCUCGAUCUCAGUUGCGGCUGUCAUAGGCUUUACCCCGUAUGGUGGUUCUGGCUCCGGGAAGGCAUCGCCCGACUUGGCUAGUGCUGCUCUGUUAUCAAUCCCAACCUGGUCAGUGGUUGGAAGUCCGGUUCCUGGCUGGGUUUCAUGAGGAUCGUUCAACAUUGCAUCAGCAGGCGUUGGCUGGUUUUGAAUUUCCUGUUGUGUUUGGGCAUCGUCCAAGACUGCACAGUUUUUGUUGACAUCGCUUAGUACGAGAGGAGCAGUGUUUGAAUUCGGCUUCGGCUGCUUCUUCUGUUCUUCCUUCUCUGGGAGUAUGGCAUUCUCAUCGCCUGGCCUGAUACCGACAAGAUCUUCCUGGAACAGCUCAGCUUGUGCAUCAAAUGGAGAAACAUCUAAGGUGUCGUUUCUUGAAUCAGGGAUAUCUGUCGCUGAUCGCGUUGUGGCAUCGUGCCGAGGUUCUGUUGACUCAAACUCCAGGUCCUUCAAGGUUGUGAGUGUGCCUGUGUGCAUAGAUUCAUCAGACUCUUUGACAGAAACGACUCGUAGGCCAGAGUUUCCUUCUGUGUCCAGAUGGGACCUGGAAACCUCAACUGAGUUAUCAGCGUUACUAAGUUCAGCCAAAUCAAAGCUCAUUGCUUGUUUGGGGGGUUCUUGUGGAACGUCAGGUGCUGGAUGGUCGAUCAUGGUUGGGGAGUGAUCUGUUGAUGGAGCGAAUGUAACCGCACUAUACUUGUCCCAGGACCUGCCGUCUAUUCGAUGCUUUUGAACAAGCUCAGCAGAAAGAAGGCAAGCUUCGUGGUCCGUCUCAGCCCUAGUAGAAUUGGCUGGCUCAUCGCUGUAGACGAAACUCUCUGCUGGAACAAGGGCAGGCUCAUCGUGUUCCCUGGUUUCCUUGGUCUCCUCUGGCAAAAAGUCAGAUGCUAGAACUGGUGCCACUUCAUCACUGGCUUCACGUGUUUCCUGUUGUGACAGCGUCUCUACGGCACAUCUAGCGCUGACAAGACCCGCAUCGAUCUCUGGAAUAUCUUUGGACGAGUGCUCCAAAUCUGGAGGUGUUUGGCUAGUGAGCUGCUCUGUUUUCACUUCUUGAUUCGGCUUGCUCUGCGGCGGUGAUUCCCAUUUUGACGCGAUAGUUGAUGGAAUUGGCACGCCAUCGCUUCCCGGCUCCUGUUUGUUUGCAUUCUCAGUCAGCAGAGAGCCAUGAACGUCUUCCUGCAUAUUAGACGCGUGUUGAUCCUUUCCAGAAAACACGGGUGUCUCUGCUAUGAUUUGUGUCUCGGUCAAAGCCUGAACUUCGUCGUCCGUCUUUGUGUCGCUGCUCGGUUCCCUCUUGGUUUGUUGCAUCGGAGAAGGUCUAGUAUCACCAUCCAGCGGCUUUUGUUGAUCUAGCUCAGUCUCGCGGAUUGAUCGUGUCUCAGGUGCAGGUGCUGCGUCUGCGAGAAAGCCCUUGUGGAUGCCAUCAUUGCGAACCUCGAAGGUCGUUUUCUUCCCAACAUUGUCUUUACUAGUAGAUGUCCUUGGCGCCUCCAGAUCUUGCGCAAGUUGUCCACCACUAUUGUCACUAACUGAUUCGAUUUGAGAUAUAGGAGGGCUAGUUUCGGACACAAGUUCGGGCAGAGGUUUGCUAAUUGAGUGAGUCGGUUCAAAAGAAGGCUGAAUGAUUGGGUCGAGACCCAUCUUUCUUAACUUCUUUUUCAUCUUCUUCCUGUCCUUAGAAGGAAUGGCUGCCCACUCCUCGGCGGUAAACUCAUUCUCAGCUUGCCGAGGGCCUGAGGAAUGAGGAUGCUCAUCACCUGUAGUGUCCAUCCGCUGGUUUGGAGAAUCAGGCGAAAUCGACCCUGGUAUUUGUCGAGACCGUGGAUUCGCCGUCGCGAGACCCUCGGCCACUUGGUUCUCAUCGGCCUCAUUGACUGGUUCGGAAUCUUGGACGCCUACACUAUCCAAUGAUUUGAGUUUGCGAUGAGAAAUAGCAAGCUCAUGAGAUGGUGCAGAAGAAGAUUCUUCAUGUUGAGAUUCGGAAGAGGGUUUUGUUGUCCUCUCCUUCGUAAAUUGAUCUUGUUCCUCAUUUUCUAUGUCGACAGCAAUCUGAAGAGGGAUCAUUGAUUUGGAUUCUGCGGCAGAUACAGGGGAAUCAGAGGCUCCCAAGCCUGCCCUUGGGUCAGACGUGGAUGCAGCAGUAAUUACGGAGUUUGCUGGAGGAUUUGCAGGUGUCAUCAAUUCAUGAACGACUGCGAGGUUUGGAGCGAUGUCGACGUCAGCGGGUUUGCUUGGCUCCUCCACCUGAUCGACAUUUUCAUUGAGAGCCUCCUGCUUGUUCUUAUUCUUUUUCUUUUUCUUCAACUUCUUUUUCUCUGCUGGAGACAAACUUUCAAAGGCCUCAGUCAUGCCGUGGUCAGGGUCUGCUGAAUUCUCUAAAAAGAAAGAAGUAGCUGUAGGUGCUCUCUCUGGACUGGAAGCAUCGGUAACCUUUUGAACGGUGAGCGGGAUAGGUGGAGUAUGCGACUGUUCAUGAGCCUGUUGAGAGGUUGAGUUCGGCAACUUGGGCUGGGCGGGAAUAUCUGACGCUUGUUCAGUGGUGUCUGGCGGUGAAGGGUGGUCCUCGAAAGACUCUAUGCCCAGGGGGGGUUGUUCAACUGCCUUCGUUGCAAUCUGCUGUGGUGAGGAGGUGAAGACAUCAUAGGCAACGGUAUCAGAAGCAGCUGUGUUUGUGACACUGGGUUCCCGGUUAUGAUCUGGUUUGCCUUCUUUGAGACCAUGUAGAACAUCAGUGUUUCCACUGACGGAGUCGAGCUCCGAAUAGGGGUUUGCAGAAGCUCCAGAAAGCUGCGGAAUAGACUCAAUAUUAUCAUCAGUCGCUUGUCCAGGGGCAAUUUCAUCCGCAGAUCCGAGAGGUGCGCCUGUCGAUAUAUUCUCAUUUAACAAAGAAGACUCGAGCACCGUGGAAGCAGCAGCUUCCUCAGAUAGGCUGACAUAUGUGCUGUCUGUCGUAUCAUUCUUUAUUCCGAAAGAGAGCGAGGGAUCUUGAAUGAGCUCUUCCGUGAGAUUUGGCUUGGCUGCGACAUCGGCCUCUUUUCCCGCCUCAAAUUUUGAGCCACAGACCUCAAUCGUUUCAACAUGUUCUUUGAGUGUCUGUCUUGGUAGAGCCCAAGAUUCUAAUGAAGCAUCAAUUUCCACCACGCUCUUCUGCUCAAUUGCACUAUUAGUAAUUGGGCCUUUACCAAAAUUAGCGACUUGAUCCUCAGUAUCAACCUCCGGCGCAGGAACAAUGAUAUCCUGUCCAGGGGCUGUCUGUUGCUUAGACUCAAGGUGUGAUCCCUGAAUGCCGGCAUCAGCUUCAGGCUUGGCAAUAGCUUGUCCAGUCGGAGAGUGAAUAUUGGUGUUGUCCAGAGAUUGAGUCUCAUUUUUGGACUCAGAUUCAGCUUCAAUGACGGGCUCAAUUAUAGGUACAAUCUCCUCAAUCUCCGGGAGUCCUUCUUUCUCAUUCUUAAAGUCAGGCUCUGGAUCUGCCUCGGUAGAGCUUUGUGCAACAGGUUCGGAUUGAACCUGGGGCUUUGGUUCAGAUUCCAAUCCAGUUUCAGCCGAUGGUUCCGAUGGUACCUCUUCAGAGGCUCCGGUUUCCUUGGGCGUCUGUGGUUUGGAUGAGGAGUCCAAGGCAGCCAGAGCCUUGACUUUCUUCAACUUCUUGAUCUGUUUUUUUGACAAGCCUGCAAAUUCCUUAUUGUCUUCUAGUUCCUGUCCCGGUUCCGAUUCCGGCUCCAGCUUCGUCCCGGACCCGACAGAGGCUUCAAGAUCGCCAGCUAUGCUCGUGUCCUCCUUCCGUUUUGUACCCUCUGUAGAUCCUUUGCUCUGGGCCUUAUCCACGGCGGCGGCGGCGACGUCCUGCUUUUCCGGAUCCGGAAUCGUCUCCGGCUCCGUUGGACGGUUGGUCUCGGGGUCCUGCAGGAUUUCAAAAUCGUUGUCUUUAGCCUUCUUCUUUUGGUCGGUCUGGGAUUGACUGAGGCUAAACCCACCCCGCUCGUCUUCAGGACCAGCUGGUUCUUCGCUUGGAAGCUCUCCGGAAUUACCGGUAUCUGGUACAUUGAUAUGAUCGGCUGAAGGAGUUAUUUUAUCCUCCAAAGGAACCGCUGUGUCAGAUGUCUCGUUUUCAUCGGUCUGCUUAGGGGUCUCAUCGUGCGCGGCUUGAGGAUUUUCGGCUGGGGCAUUGAUUCCAGUAUCGACCGAAACGUCAGCAUCCUGAGAAGAGGCAGCAAGGCCAGGCUCAGUUUCAGUUUCCUGGGUUUCUUCAAGAGCAGCCUUCUUCUUUUCGGCCUUCUUCUUCUUCUUCUUGUCCUUCUUUGACAGUUUCGCCGGUGAAUCGGGUUCCUCGACUUUGGGAGGAUUUUCGGAGGGAGGUUCAUCGAGUGCUACAAUAUCAGGCCUGUCGGUGGCUGGUGUUGGUUCCUGGACAGAAGGGGUUUCUACGGUGGUCUUGGCAUCAGCUGGCUGUGUCUGCUCAUCAUCUAAUGGGGUAGUCUCGACAGUGUUUAUCACUUUCGAUUCCAUGGGAGGCGACAGCUCAUCUUGAUGGACAGGCGUUUCUGUAGGCUCAAUGCCACUUGACUCUGCAGUCUGGGCAACGUCGGACUCUGCUUCUUGCGAGGCAGAGUUCUUGGCUGUAUCAGACUCAGGAGGUUCUUGGAGUGUGGAUUCGGCUUCAGGCUGCUUCUCUGGCUCGUCAGAAGAGGCAUUCUUCUUCUUUUUCUUCUUUUUCUUGCUCUUCUUAUCGGAUGAGGUCUCUGGCUCGGCCUCUUCCACAAUAGCAGCCGAAUUUGCUUCAGGGUGGCUUUCAAUGGCCGUUCUCUCGUUUGCAGGCUCCAAGGGAUGGCUCACAGCAGGGAUGUCAGGCUGUUCGGCAUCCUUUGGUGGCACUUCAAUUGACGCCUCCUUGGCAACUGGUUCCGCAACCGGUACUUCGUUGACGCUGGCUGUAGACUCAUCGAGACGCACGGGCUCGGAUACUAUAACAGGCGGUUCGCUGUUCUGUGUUGCUGCACCUUGAACUUCCUCGUUCUCAACAAGAGAUACCGAUUUCUUCUUCUUUUUCUUUGACUUCUUGCUGCUCGCCAGCUCUGAAGUUUCGCCUUCAGGAGCUUCUAUAGCAUCUUGAGGCUCGGCAGUCACAACCGUGUCAAUAACAUCAAUGUUUUCCUCGGUCCCUUCUACAACCGGCAGGGACAUUGCCGCCUCGGUGGUCUCGGUCGGUUGUCCAACAUCAUGAGUCUCACUUUCAGUCGAAACUUCAUUGGCGCGGACUUCACUGACAUCCGGAGGCCUGGCGGUAGGCACUUCCUCACUUGGGUGAUGUUUGUCAUUGUCUAGAGUGCCCUCGGCCUUCUUUGAUGUGUCGAUUGUUUCAGACUCCUGGGCGGGUCCUUCAGUAUUGCUGAGGUCCAUCGGUUUCUCAGAAACUUGCUCUUCGACUUCAGGGACAACUGGUGCCGCUAAUCUUCGAGCGGCACUCUCUUCAAGGGCAGCAAGACGUAUUUGAUCCUUCUUCAAAAGACGCCCUUUUCUCCUCUCUCUCUUCUCCAGGAGAGCUUCGAUCUCUGCCUUCUCGCUCUCUGCCUCAAAGCUCCCAACUGCGAGUGAGGGUUCUUCCUUGGCGGCUUCCACCUCUAGAGGAUCAGCAUCUGGUCUCUCUGGAGGCAGGGCUUCAUCAAGAGCAAGUUGAGGGGAAACAUCAUCUGCGGCCGGUGGUAGCUCAUCUAGUGAAUGUUCGUUCACUGGCUUUUCGCUCUGUGCCUCGCCUCUUAUUUCAGGCCCAGCUGACACGUCUGCUGUUUGUGAUUCAUCCCUGAUAUCAGGGACAGUUGAGUUGCCAAAUGUGGGUGCCUGUUCUUCGGUAUCGGGCCCCAUUAGGAGAUAGGUCUGCGAGCGUUCCUUAGACACAGCCUCGGACGAUUCAUCACCCAUUUGGGGCUGUUCUUCAGCUCCAGGCUGAGAUGACUGGCCAUCGGCUUGAAGCUGUUCCUUCAGCUCAGAUUUAGGUGGUUCGUCAUUGAUGUGCGCCAGUUCUUCGACCUUAGGCUUCACUGGCUCUUUUCCGAUCCCAGAUUGAUCCGGAACGUGAUGCUCCGCUGAGUGGUCAUCAAUCUGUGAUCGUUCUUUGAUUUCAGGUUCAGUCGGCUCAGCGUCACUCGGCAGCCGUUCCUUAUGCCCAUGCUCAGACACCUGAUCAUCAGUCUGCAACCGUUCACUGGUUUGCGGUGCCACUGAAGCAGUAUCCAACGGUGACUGCUCUUGAGGUUCGUUCUCAACUGGCCUAUCAUCAGACGGUGGUUGGUCCUUGGCUUCUGGUUCGUCUAGUACGCCAUGUGUCGACUCGUCAUCAGGCUUCUGGUCGAGGAGAGCAUUCUCAACAACAGAGUCAGAAGAUUCAACCAUGGGAUCUGGCACCAGAAUGUCAAGAUUAUUUCUGCCAGGCACUACUGCUGUUUCGGCACCUGAUACGUCCUGGCUGAUUUCAACGUGCGUAGUAGUAUCUUUGGUCUCCUCCUCGGGAGCCUCAUCCUGGCUAGGUUGGUUCUUCUUUUUCUUCUUGUUCUUCUUGGCCUUCUUCUUCAAUCCCGUUGCGUCGGCUUCGUUAUUUUCGCCAGUUGCUUCCACACUGGACUUCGCACUGUCUCCUCCAGUUGUCUUGCUGGCAUCUUCUUUGGACACUUCUUCAGUGCUGGCUUCGACAGGCUUUGUGCUCAAUUCUGAGCCUGCUUCAACAAGUCUCACGUCCUCAUCCUCAACUGGAUUAAUAGGCUCUUCUUUGACAAGCUGGCCAAGAUCAGCCUGAGCUGGUAUUGUUGAGUCCUUGUACGUAGCCUCAGUGGAUUCAUGUGCCGGGGACUUAUCAUCAGCCGUAGUUAUUGUCGAGGAGUCUUCUUGUUUGAUUUCGUCGGACUUGACUUCAGUAGCCCCUGUUGCCUCCACCACGCUUGUUGCCGGAUGACUUAUGCCAUUAUCUUUUAACCUUUCGGCGGAUUCCUCCUCAACAACCGAGAUCGGGGCUGUCUCGGUGAGCUGUCUGUCCAUGGUGGUAGUCACUUCAUCCUCAGCAAGAAUGUCGCGGUUAGCAUCCCCUGUGGCUUUGACUGAUUCGUCAACUUGAGAAGGUUCCAGUCCAAAAGAAGUUCCUUGAGAUUCGUCUGCCGGCGCAUCUCCUUGAGAGAAGAGUGGUUCCGAAAUCUGGGCUUCUAAUGUGGUGUGAGCCGCUUUGUUGGCAUGCGUAUCGGGAGCGGUCUCAGCAGCGGGAAUGUCUGGCUCGAUGUCGGCAACUUCUGGGUUUUCAGCGCUUACGCUAGUAGUCUCUUUAUCCCUGGGAGCGUCACGAUCGAGUUUCGGUGUAAUAAUAUCAGACCUAGUGUCUGUUGCCGCUGACUUAUCAGCACUUACUGCAUCAGGCUGGGUCUGAGCAUCAGGUUCAGGUUCGCCCGAUUUAUUUUGUGUCUGCGCUUGGUCCCGGAAUCCCCACAUCCUCUUGAAAGCGGAAAUUCCAGCCGUGGCGGGGAGUGCACGAAGAGCAGAUGGGAAGUAUCCUUGGCUUUGUCUAUCUUUUCGUGCAUCUUUGGCGGAAGUGUGGGAAUCACGAGCGGUCGGAUGAUAGUCGACAUCAUCUUUGGACUCAGGAUCGUCAGGCUCGGGAGCCUCAACUGGAGAAGCCUUUUCACGAUCAAGAACUUGAUCAUUAUUUUUGGAUAACAAAACAGGCUGUGAGUCCGGAGCCUCAUCGUCUUGAGUAACAUCGGCGGGCUCAGCUACCAGAACGGGCGGCUCUUCUAUCAAGCUUUUGUUGGUAUCCUUAAUCGCUUCAUUGUCUCCAGUGUCCUCAACUUGAAGAGGUUCCCCUAUUUGAGGCAUGUCUUGUUUCUCCACCACUGGCUCAUCAUCGGCUCUGGCGCCCUUCUUCUUCUUUUUCUUCUUCUUCGACUUGGGCGUAGCGGCGCUGUCACCCUGUGUUGAUACAAUCGGAGUUUCGGAAGCCGGGUCAGAAGUUUUCGUAGAUUUAUCCAGUGUCUUCUCUAGAGCAUCUACGCUUUCAGCCAUGGUAUCUGGUUGGGCCCAGGCAUCGAAUGCAUCUGCAUCGACAGGCUCAACAGGGAACUCUGAGAGUGGUUCCACCAUAGAACCUGAGUCACCAUGAGCAACUGUUUCAGAUGAUUCAGCAGAAGGUUCAGUGGGCGCGACUGGCUCCGUCCAAGCAUCAAACGCAUCUUUUUCAGCUUUAGAAAUUUCAGCUGGACCUGCGCCUUCAACCUCGGUGACUGUUGGCUCUACAGAAGUUGCUUCCUCUUCGGAUGGCUGCUGCAUCUUGCUCUUCUUCUUUUUCUUCUUACUCUUGGAUGGAGACACCAGUUGCUCUUCAAGGGCCGUUUCUGCAAUAGGCGAAGCAGUGAUGGAGGUCGAUUCCGCGGUAGCUUGAGCAUUGACAGAAGAUUCGAUUACGGGUUCAGGCUCUAUUAGUGGUACCACAGAUUCGAUGGCGUUGUCUAGCCCUCUUGGUGGCUCUUCCGCUUCCCGGUCCGCCAAUAAGUUUGAAUCAACUGGUUUGUUUUGCUCAACGACUUCCUGGGCCUCUUCAGACUGUGCGAUCGUAUGCUGUUCCUCAUGCGAAGCCUCAGGCUCUUGGGGUUUCACGGCUUCAGUGGCGCAUGGGUCGGUAGAAGGAUCCUGAGAGGGUUGAGGUGUAGAUUCGUGGGUGGGCUCGAGUUCAACCAUAGCCGGCUUUGUUUCAGACGCUUCAUUCACUGCGGCAGCCUCGUCGCCUGGGACGGCAUGGUCAUCCUUGCUAGCAGUGGGGACUAGAAUGUUGAAUGAGUCUUGAAUGAUCGGUUCAAGUCCCUUUUUCUUAAGCUUCUUCUUCAUGUUUUUCCUAUCCUUUGCGUUCAUGGUUGACCACUCUUCGGUGGUAAUCUCAUUUUCUGCACGCUGGGCAACGGUGUCCUCAGGCUUUACGAACGGUGUUUGCGAGUCUUCAGUGGCAGGCUCAGUAUGGGCAACAACAGCUGGUACGGAUUGAGGCUUGGUAAUAGGGCUGGUCAUCCCGGUGUUGAUGUCGCGAGCAGUAUCGGUAGUUCGCUUUUCGUCCAUAGGCUGGGCGGUGGACUUCGUCGUGGAAUCGCUUACUGAAACUGCUUCAACAAUGGGAUCUGUGACAAAUAUGCUGUCCGGCGCGCUGGUGAAUUCGGGAUUUUCAUAAGUAGUGUCGAUAGCAGUUUUGGUGUUCUGGACAUUGGAAGGCUCAACUAUCUCAGAGCCUGUUUCCUCAACUGCUUGUGACGAAAGUUCUGGGGACAGUGCUGUGACAUCCUCAACUGCGGACCCAACUGCGAGUCCUCGGGUGCUAUCCUCUACCAAAAAGUCUGCAAGAAUAGGCUCGAGGACUUCGUCAGUAGCACCAACAGCUUCAUCUUCUUCGGAAGUUAAGGAUUGCUUGAAUGUGGUAACCUCUGCAGAAAUUGUAGAAGAAUUAGGUGCGGUCUCACUCGUGGCUUCGGUGACAGGCUCAACAGCGGGCUCAACAGCGGGCUCAGCAACGGGCUCAGUGGCAGGCUCAGUGGCAGGCUCAGUGGCAGGCUCAGCAGUGGACUCAGUAACAGGCUCAGUGACAGACUUGAAAACAGCUUCUCCUGGUGACAUCUGCUCUGAGUGACCCUCGAGAGCGUCCGAGAAAUGCUCAUCAGCAGAUGUAAGGUCAUCCGUUUUGUCUGCGGGUGAGUGAGUUCGUUGCUGGCCUUCCAAAAAAGCAUGAGAAGCCAAGGCCACAGGAGCAGCCACAGCAGAAGCGUCAAAGGGCAACGGUGCAGCAGAGACGUCAGUUUCCAUGUCCUUGCUGAUGGCUUCCGCAGGUAUCGGGAGAGAAGUUAUCGGUUCCUUCUCAUGCUCUCCGGCAGCGUCAGAGGGGAGAGGGCCUGGGAGCAUGGGCAUGAACUCCGCGCGAGGCGUUGUUUCCUGAGAUCCUGCGACAGAGUCCUUAGGAUGCUGCUCCGAUAAUUCGGUAUCAACACGAAGAUCAAGCCCGGUAAAGUCAAGUCCAGAGCCGAAAUAAUCGUCAUUAUGCUUGAGGAACUCGGAUUCGGGUGAGUUCCUUGCAGAAGUCUCGCUAGGCUCACUAGGUGGGAGCGCAGGUAGCACUGAGCCAGUAGUUGGUUGUUGGUGUCGUGAGUGUUCAAGAAGAUACAAAGGCAUGAUUUCUCGACUGUUGUCCCAGGAUGUUGGUCGAGCUGCUCGCCUUGACAUGACCACGGCAUCCGAAUGAGACGUUAUAGGGGAACUAGCAGGGGACGCCUUGAAGCUAACAGGAGAGGCGGGGUUUGACCUAUUACCCAAACGAAGGGCGAUAGGAACAGCAGUUCGACUGGGUGAUUUUGUGGGCGUGUCAAAAACGCUACGGCGUCGCUGAUGAGUACGCGAAUCUCGUCGAAUAAUACGCUCCUCUGGGGGUGUGUCAGGCCUGCUAUCGGGAAGAGGGGGUAGUUCCUCCGGACCAGAAGAAGGGCUAGUUGGUUCGCUGGGAGGUAGCGGAAGGAGAUCACCAUAUUGAGGGUCAAUCGCUGGUUUGAUAACACGGGGCACGACUUCGGGGUCAACCAGUUCGAAGCUGCGCGCACGAGGCCGGCCAUCACGAGAGACAGAAUUCUCGUGAUCUGAUGAGGUAUCAGCGGCGUUGGAACGAGCAGCAUCAGACGCGACAAUGGCCGCUGCACUCGCUAAGCCGACACCCGCGCCAAGGGUGCCGGCAUUAUCUAAAAAAGAAUCCUUCUUAUCCUUACGCGAUUUGAAGAGGCUAGAAAGAACACUACUGCUUGGUCGCUUCUCAGGGGUUCUGCGUUCUUUGUACUCCUUGUCCCGGCGAGAUGAGCCAGGCAUGGAUGCAACUGAUUUCACGUCGUCAUCAUCGUAACGCGAAGACUUGCGUCUAUGUCCGCUCUCGCGCCGACGGUCAUCUCCACGUGACUCAGAUACGACAGAGCUAACAUCUCGGUCGUCGAUGAAGUCACGUCUUCGAUCCGAUGGGCUCUCUCUGUUGUCGUCGACAUCUUCUUCGGCUCCACUCCUUCGUUUCGACCUCUUGCUUCUCUUGCUGCUUGAACUACCAACAGAGAUUUCGGAGGCUGCUAAUGACCGGGUUGGUGAGUCAUUGCCGUAGGAGUGACGCUUCGAUCUUUUUGGCCGCUCAUCAUCAUCAGACCUUCUGUGAUGAGAUCGAUCUCGGGAUCGAUCUCUUGUUCUAUCCCGUGACCUGUCUCUGGACCUCUCUCUAGACCUAUGAUCUCUUGAACGAUCUCUUGAACGAUCUCGAGAUGCUCCUCGUCUUGCAGACCGUCGAUCAGUGGGGUCCAGUGUAGAAGAACCUCGGUAUCUGGCAUCAUCGCGGGGAUCGCGGUCCUUCCUAUGCUUGCUUGAAUGCCUGUGAUCUUCUCGCUCAUCGUCUGAUCGAACGUCUCGGGAGGAUAUGUCUCGAGAUGAAUGGCGAUGGUGCGAAGGCUUCACAGGGGCGGAGACGUGAGACCUGUCGUCGUCAUAGUAGUAAUCGUCGUCAUUCCAAUGCCUGUGCGACUUCCUGGGAACGUCUUGCUCGUCUUCAGAGCGAACGUCGCGAGAGGGUGUGUUUCUUGAACUUGAAGCGGCAAGCGCACCCAAAGCGAGGGCUGGCACAGCCACCUUGGCGAUAUCCGCGGUGUUGAAGCUCUGGCUGCGAUCGUAUUCUGCAAGGGUAUUCUUCGAUUCAAGAUCAUGAUCAGAUCUGGUGUCUCUGACUGGUGCGUCGCUUGCGUAGUGAUCGGUAGAAGAGGUUCUCGGGCUCAUGUCAUCGGAAUCGCGGCCCUUGCGAUCCUUCUUCCCUCUCUUGCGAGUGGUAUCUUCCCAUACCUCUUCGCCGACCUCCCUUGAAGGUGACGGCUCCGCUUUGGUGUUCUCAAUCUUUCCAUCAUCCUGAACAACGACAACGUUAGACUUGUCUCGCUUGCGCUGUUCUCGCUUGCUCAACUUUGUAGUGUCAGAACUGUCUUGGGGAAGUGGCACGUCUUCAGGCUUUGGCGAGUCGGGCUUGAUGUCGCGUUCGCCUUCGUGGCGAAUAGAGGGCGUUUCCUGAGGGGUCUCAACUUCUCCGAGAACAAACCCUUGCUCGGGAAGAAGUUUUGGAAUGUUAUCAUUUCUAGGCUCGGGAAUGACCUCGGCGUAAGGUCGCUUGUACCAGGAAUUGCCAUUUGUGCUGCCAUGAGAGUCACCGUUUGCCUCUUGGACACCUGGAGGAGAGUCACGCCGACUGUAGGAGGGGUCAUCAAUGACAAUGUCGGGGUUGAAGCCAGUAUCCUUCAGGCCCGCAGCAAGAGUAGCAGCAAACUCAAAGUCAUCUGCAAAGCCGCCAGGCAUCUGUUGAGGAUGUGGGCUUGGAGGUUUAGGCCCAGGAAUUGGAGGUUCGUGCAUCGUAUCGUCACCGGAAACGUCUUCAACCCUAUGAACAGAGAUGUCCCUGCUUGCUUCUUCCGGAAAGCUUCUGGGGAUAUUUGAGUUUUUGGAUGACACUACAAACUCAGGUUCGUUGUGUGGCUCGGCGCUGCUACCAGCCAGUGCCGCGGCAAGAAUACCCCAGCGACUGGCCUUGUUUAGCUUCGGCCUAGGCUUGUCGGACGAUUUAUCAGUAGGAAAGUAAUUGUCGGAAUCGCUUCGGUUCUCUGGUGUGUCUACUUCAAAGCUCUUCGUCUCGUUCUCGCCCCAGCUGACAGAUUUGGCAACAGACACGGGUUCGCUAGCAGAGAUGAUCUCACCCUUAGGUCCAAUGCUGACAUCGUCAGGCGUGGGUACUUCAUCAACCGCCUGUCUUGCACCUUGUGCUUGAGGAGCUGGCGUGUGUUGGCGACUCGUGGCAGGAGUAGGAUAUAUCAGAUUGAGGACAGGACGCUCUCGCGAAGGCUCUCUUGACCUCAAGACAAGAGCAGAAGAAUUGUCACCCAGGUUUCGGAAAUGGCGUUCUUCCCGGGGGUAUAUCUUGUUAUCAAUCUUCACAUCUGCAUCUGGUCCAUCAAACAUGUUAUUAUCCGGGUGCUUGUCUUCCAUGAUCGGUGGUGUGACAAUCGUGAAUUGAUCAUUCUUAUCUUCUUGCCACUUGUCGACGACAGAUCGCUCAGGGGAUGCACUUCGAGAUCGUAGUUCGUCAGAAGCAAUUUUUCGAGCGAUGCAGGCCUCACGAUAGAACCUGUCAGCUUCCUCCUGCACAGUAUCCUUGCGACCUCUUGAGCUAUCUUGAGAUCUAUUAUUCGGGUAGCGACGGUGUCCAUGCUCUUGAGAGUGCUCAUGUUCGACUGCGACGGCGGAUGCUAUUGCGGCAGCUGCAACAGGAAUUGUAGCAUGUUUGGCCUCAUCAAGAAUAGAUUUGGCCUUUCGCUCGUCCUCUUCGAACUCAUGACCAGCUUGAGUAUCGCGACGUUGUGAUGAAUCGUGAGUCUCCCGACGGUACUCGUCGACCAUACGCUCAAUCUCAAACGAGUCUCGUCGGCUUAACCGAGCGUCGGCUGCUGAAGAACUUGGCGGCGAGUCGUCGAAAUUAGGCUCGCGCUCAAUGGUGACAACAUUAGGUGUAAGGGGGCGCCCAGGUGUGGUUCUUUGAGACACUGUGAACGCAUCGUCCGCAACUUGGUACUGGAAGGGAUCGAUGGUCUCAUGUGCAGAUUGAGUUGAAUCGCUUAGAGCGCGAUGACCAGCACCGACAGGUAGAGGAAGGUCACGGCCAUCUUGAGUCGCAUCACGCUCGUUGUUGUCAGCUUGGACAACAGGUUCACGCAACACUUUGAACUCCGGUCCCGAUUCAAUACGGAAUGCUUCAACUUCGCCCUGAUCCCUUUGAGACACAUCUACAACAUCAACAUUCUUCUUCUCCGUUCUAUCCGUAGGGGUAUCGUCAUGAUCAUCAUGUCGUCGUGAAGAUUUUCGCUCGUCAUUAUACUUGGGAAAGAUAGGCUCGGGAUCCGAUCCACGGUAGUCACGCUCCCAUUUCACAUUUCGUUCACGCUCGUCCUCCAAUGUUUCCUGUCGCUGGGUGUGGUGGGCCAGGCGUCGUUCCCAGUCGAGCCUCUGACGUUCCGGAUCUUGGGCUUUUUGCCGUUCUAACUCUUGGGCUUUUUGAUGCUCGAGCUCUUUGAGUUUUUGCUCCUCUGCUUCUAGGGCUUUCUGGCGCUCUAGGUCGAUGCGCUUUUUCUCACGGUGGUCUCGAUCAUCACGGUCAUGCUUUCUCCCAUCAUGAUUCUCGCGAUUAUCCUUUCGCGAGGAUGCUGAAGAUGCCAUAACCGUACCGACCGCUGCUGCUGCGAGACCAGCCGUCGCAACUCCUGCCCAGCCCUUUUCAUCGGGCUGUUCGGAUUUGCGCUGCCGAGAUCCCCUGCGGUUUAUGUCAUCAAGUUUUUCGGCAUUAUAAACUUUUGAUGAAACCGCCUGCUUGGGAACCGGCUGUUGCAGGGGAACCGGCGCGGGUCGAGUCGACGAAUCCUGGCGCCUGUCAGACAUUGGGAAUCGGCCUCUGUCAAAUCGGUUGGGAUCAGAGAUGGGAACGGGAUACACCUCUCGCAUCUGAAUUGGUCCACCAGUUUCUAGGCUAGCAGAAUCGCGACGGUAUGCGGCAGCCUGUUCUUCAUCCCGGAAGCCACAUGGAGUAUUAAUUGAGCCUCGAAGAGAGUUGUAGGGGCCAAAGAGGCGAGGGUCAACGAUAGAACCCCGGUCUCCAUAUCGCCGAGAGUCAAACGCUGGGCUUUGACCUGAGGGUCUUCUGGAGCCAGCCAUAGCGGUUGUGGCUACUGCAGUUCCUGCAGCCGCUGCAGCACUGGCUGCGGGCUUGAUAGAUUCGCCGACGAUGCCAUAUGCAAGCUCUGAGUCGGCAGCUGAGCCAGCGUCAUCACUACUAGAGGACUCAUCAUCAGAGGCAUCCUCCCAGUCUGAGUCAUCAUCCGAAGUGUCGACGCGCUGCUUUGAGCUACCCAAUCCCCGUGAGCCGUGUUUCUGCCGGCCAUAACCAGAUGCCAUAGCUGCGCCGGCUGCAAGUCCCAGAGCAGCCGUCUUGCCCUUGCCUGAUCCUCGGCUGGAUAGGCGUUGCUCGUCUUCCUUGGACCGCCGCGCUAAGUCAGAGAGUUGCUGGCCAAGGGCCAUUAUCUCUUCAUCGGCGGUCUUCUUCCGAGGCGUCGGUCGCGAUGCGCGAUCAGACCCCCCUGAGCUGCGCCGCCGAUGUCCUUGACUCGGACCAUGACCUGGAGAAAAGGCAUAGCCUUGACCAGAGGCACGGCUUUGACUUCGGGGGCUCAGGGUACGGCUUUUUGGUUGCCGGACGUAUCCCUGUCCGUAGGCUAGGUCAGAGUUCACAGAAGAUGAUGAUGAGUUACCAAAGUAAAGCACGCGGCGCUUCUGCUUCUUCUUUCUGUGGAGACGCUGUUUGACACGGUCUGAAGGCGCCUUGAAAAAUGUGCCAAAAACACCACCAAACUGUUUCGUGUCCUUGUAUCGCGAGAUAUCUAAUAGUGAUGUCGAUGUGUCACUUGAGGACGAGAAAACACUUGAAGGUGUCUGUGGUCGUUGUGAAUUAUGCUGCGGUUGAUAAGGGUUAUUAUAUCCCGGCACCGACUGAGGCGGCGCGCUGGAGUAGCGUUGCGAUUGUUGAUAAUGCUGGGGAGGUGGUGGAAAUUGCGGAUACUGCGGUGACUGUUGAUACAUUGGGGACUGUUCAUAACGUUGAGGGUCAUAUGCUCGUUGCUGAGAGUGCUGUUGAUACAUUUGCGGGACUGUUUGUUGGGGAUAUUGUGAUUGUUGUUGUGAUGGCAGCGAUGAUUGCUGACGCGAAUCUCCCUGAUCUCUCGGAUCGCGGUCGCGAGACUCGUACCACCGGCGGCGAGAGCCCUCAGGGUCCCGAGAGCGAUUGUCUCGCUGCAUUGCGCCGGUUUACGGUCUACCAGCGUUGCGGAAUUCGUCGAGGGGGGUUCUUGAGUGUGAUGUUUUGAUGGUGUUUUGUUUUCGGGAGCUCGUUGCCAGCUUUCAUGGGGCCCGUCCGCCGCGGCCCGCAAAACAGGCGGUGGCUGGGGUCGCACGUCGUUGGUCAAGCUGAAAUAGAAUGGGGAUCGUUGCGGGUCUUAGAUUUGAUCUGGCCUUCUGGGCUGGGCGAUGAGCCAUUUGCUAUGGGAGGAGGCCUGGGCGCUAAUUCUCAAAUCUUGACUUGUACAUACACUUGAUGGUUAGGCGAGUGUUACCGUAGAUCUAAAUGGGCACGUUGUAAGAGACAACUUCUAG